GCUGUUUAUAAAUGUUGGAAAGCAGGGAUAUAAAAGGGACCGAUGAGGGGGCCAGUGCAACAUCGAGACCUCAGGGGAACCACCAUCACUUAACACCACACAUUAUAUCCAGGAUGGGCAGGAUCGUUUUCUACGAGGACAAGAACUUCCAGGGCCGCCGCUAUGAAUGCGACAGCGACUGCUCUGACUUCCACACCUACCUGAGCCGCUGCAACUCCAUCCGGGUGGAGAGCGGGGCCUGGGUGGUGUACGAGAGGCCCAACUACAUGGGCUACCAGUAUGUCCUGACCAGGGGGGAGUACCCAGAGUACCAGCGCUGGAUGGGCCUCAACGACCGUCUCAGCUCCUGCAAGAUGAUCCACUUUACCAGCGGGACCCAGUACAAGAUGCAGCUGUAUGAGAAGGCAGACUUCGGGGGCCAGGUCUUCGAGGCCACAGAGGACUGCCCCUCACUUCUGGAGAAGUACAGCUGGAGGGAGGUCAACUCCUGCAAAGUCUUCGACGGCUGGUGGGUUUUCUAUGAGCACUCCAACUACCGUGGGCGCCAGUACUUCCUGGAGAAGGGGGAGUACCGCCAGCCCGGCGACUGGGGUGCCGUCUGUCCCACGGUCCAGUCCUUCAGGCGCUUCACUGAAUGAUUUAACCUUCAUCCAAAACCUUCAAAGAAAACGACCUGCUAUGACUAUAAUUUUGAUUGACUAUUUUGUAAUUUUGAACUGAGGUCUCACAAAUAAAAU